ACCACUGGUGACUUGACAGCAGCGACAGAGACUGUUUCUCGAGAAUCACAUGUUAUAUGUGGGAGUGCGGAAAUGGUAAAUAUCGCUAACUGGCUCCACUGGUAAUUGAUGCUCGCGGUUGACACAGUGUAACGGUGUUCUGCGUGUUGGAAGGUCUUGCCCACCUCAGCCAAAAAUGACAACAAUGGCAAACAACGACAGCCACAAGGGUUGUGGCAGUCCAGCUGUGCAACAAAAAUGGAAAGAGCUGGACAGAGGAGUCAAUGAACUGAAAAGACAGACUUUGGAGGUAAAGAAGGAAGUUAAGUCACUGGAGCUCCUGAAUGAAAACCUUGACUAUGUACAGAAGACCUGGCAAAACAAAGUGGAGCAGGACAGUGGAUUGGCCCAAUCUAAUGCUGCUGUGAAAGAGGGGUGUCUGAAGCAGGCCAACUUUAUCAUGCAAACAAAAGAGAUGGUGCUGCAGCAGAUAGUGGACAUUUUAAACCAGGCAGAGCAGAUUGUUGCAGCUCUCACUGAUGUGGAGCUGCCUGAGUGGAAGCGCAGGCAGCAGCUGGCCUGCAUUGGAGGUCCAGUCGACACCAGUCUGGACCACCUCGAGGAGUGGUUCACAGCUGUGGCAGACGUGCUAAUACAAGUAAACCAAGAGCUGCAGAAACUACAAGACCAGAGCAAGAAAUACAACAGCCCUGAUGCCUCCAGCUUCCCUGGAGAAACUGAGAACUUUACACUGUCCUUACUCACAAAACUUCUGGCAAAUGCUCUAGUGGUGGAGAAACAACCCGUCAUGUCGAGUUUACCACAAUGACCUCUGAUUCUUAAGACCGGGGUGCGGUUCACAGCAGCAGUCAGGUUCUUGGCAAAUCUCCCUGAAUUCAAGUGCCAGCUCAAAGUGAAACCUGUAUUUGACAAGGAUGUAGAAGAAACCACAACUGUUAAUGGGUUCUGUCACUUUAACUUCACCAGUGAUAACAGUAAGGUGUUGGAUGUGGACAGGCCUGAUGGAGGCUUGGUGGCAGAAUUUGCGCACAUGAGUUGUCUGAGCGUCACUGAAGAGCUCCACAUCAUUAAGUUUGCUGCACUGAGUUGUAAAAUCGAGGCCAGCUCCCUGCCUGUGGUUGUCAUCUCUAGUACCAGUCAGAUCCCCAGUGCCUGGGCCUCUGUCAUGUGGUGUAACAUGCUGUCCACCAGCGAACCAAGGAACCUGUCAUUGUUUGUCGACCCUCCUCCACUCACCUGGCAGCAGCUGUCACAGGUUCUGAGCUGGCAGUUUUUGUCUGUUGGCCAACGAGGACUUGAUGAAGAUCAGCUCUCCAUGCUGAGAGACAAAAUUGUGGAUAAUCCUGAUGGUAUUAUUCAUUGGAACAAGUUCUCCAAGGAUGAAAGUGUCUGGAUUUGAAUUGAUGGAAUCCUGGAUUUGAUCAAAAGACACCUAGUGGAUCUUUGGCAGGAUGGGUAAAACAGACUGAAAUCAUCUUGCAAUGUUUCACUGUGUAUAAUUCUAUCAUCCUCAAAUAAUUACCACAUUAAUAAUGAUGUAGUGACCACUAAAUCAAUAACACUGACUUCUGAGUAUUAUUAUUUGGGAACGUACAUGGGGAUUAAGUCUCUAUGCCUCUCAGUUGACUAAGCUCUUGUUUUAUUGUGCAUAUGGGUUUUCAGGUACAUCAUGGGGUUUGUAAGCAGGGAGACAACACAGAACCUGUUGAAGGAAAAACCGACUGGGACCUUUCUGAUUCGAUUUAGCGAGAGCAGUAAAGAAGGAGCUGUCACUUUCAGCUUUGUUGAACACUCCAAUGGUGGUAUGUUCCUGUGCACAAAUGUGUGUUUGGACAAAAUUCAAAACUCUUUCAAAUUAGGGUUCUAAGGAUACAGGAUUAUGCAAGGCCAAUACUUUUAAUACUUUUGCAAAACCCUCUUAAAUAGCACUAUCCAACUAUCCAGGAUGAAAUAACACUAUAGAAUUUUCAUACUGUAACAAUAGUCAAACCAAAGCCAGAGAUGUCUUUGUUGUUAUGGCAGUUAAUGUCAUGCCUAAUAACAGAUGGACCUUUAACAAGCAGAAAUGUUGUAUUUACAUGUGUUUUAUUUUCAGUUCACAUUUGCCCAUUUGUCAUUUGUACUUAGGAAAUUUAAAGGAGCUACUUGUAAGUUUUGGUAUCGCUACAUACGUUAGCAUUACCAGUUUACUUAGCAGUCUGUCUUGCCUUGUCAUUUCAGGCAAUAGACACACCACAAACAAAUCAGUCCCAGUACAUCGAUGCACUCUUUUCAGUAUCACGUACCGACGGGAAAAUAUGUUGUUGUACUGGUCAACAAGACCAACAUUCUACAACCAUGCUUGGGGCUCUGUGAGGCUGUGCUAAUGUCAGCAUGCUAACAUGCUCACAACAACCAUGCAUUUACCAUGUACACCAUGUUAGGUUAGCUCAUUAGCAUGCUACAACUUACAAAUUAACUCUAAAUACACAAUACAGCUGAGUUUGAUGGAAGUGUUGUACAUAUUUCACAUAUUUGAUCAUAUAUCCAUCCUUCUGGUGACUUUGGAUCACCAAAGUCAACAGGAUACAUCCUCUGGGGACCAUGUCUAUACUCAAGUUCACUGCAAUCCAUCUAAAUUGAGAUAUUCCAGUGUGGACUGACAAAUGUUGUUAUCCUUAGAGCCACGUAGCUAGCAUGGCUAAAAAUUGACACAAUUUAACAUGUGCGAAGACUGAGAAAAUAGGAGAAUUCAGGUGAAGUUUUUACAGCUCAAUUCUGUAAUUUAUUUACCAUGUUACAGUACAUUCACAUUUAUAUUAAGGAGCUUUAAAUGGUAAGAUGUGGAUUCAGUGUGUUUGUCAUAUUGUGAUGCUUGUCAUAAAUGAAAAUACAAGCCUGUUGGACUCCUGUGUACUCACUCAUUCAGCCCUCACAUGGUGUCUGAAGACCCUCUGGUGUUGUAUUAGUCAAAUUACAAUUGAUCCAUAAAGUGAUACAUCAAAUCUAAGGAUGAGCGAACUCUAAUAAAAAUAUGUGUUUAAUAUUUUGAGAAAUCUAAAUGAUUCAGUGCAGUCUAAUGAUACACAAUUAGUAAGCUAUACAUUUGACAGGUAAACUGUCAAAGAGACUUGUUGCUUUUGAGACGGCAUUUAUUUAACAGCUGAGAGUGUGGGCCAGAGCAACAGUAUAAAGUGAUACAUAUUUCAGUAGUUGCAAUGUGCUCUGCAGUACUUUGACUUUCUGAUUAAAUGUUUUCCCUGACAGUACACGGAUUUCUAAGAAUACCUUUUGGCAUUUUCCAGGACUGAAAACUUGUGAUAUGCAGGAUUUAGUGAGGCCUAGGAUCACUAAAUGUGUUGUCCCUUUCUCUGUAUAAAUACAAUUACAGUUUCAGUAAUUAAUAAAGACAAUAUUACUUCUUUUGGCCAAUAUUUUUAUUUUAGUAAACAAAAGUAAAAAAAUAUCUACAGUACAGCAUUGUUAUUUUUACCCACAGCAGCAGUAUUUUCCUCUACAGUACACAUGAAAGGCAGAAAGAAAGCUUGUGCAAAUAAUCAACUUGAAGAACAAAAACACAAUUAUACUGCCCAACUAACACUUACACUUAUAUCUCUGUGUAAUAUAUACAUUUAAUAUAUUCAGCA